AUUGGUUCACUUGGCCAUCAUCCACUGUGUCCCAGCUGUGGCACUAUGCUGCAUCGCUCAGCUGCCCAAGGAGGUGCUGGAGAUCCAAAAUGAUCUUUUCCAGACCCCGCUCCACCUCGCUGUGUACCUGGAGCAGCCCAGCGUGAUCCAGGCGCUGAUCCACAAGGGAGUGAACCUUGGGCUGCAGGACCGCAAUGGCAACACCCCGCUGCACCUGGCCUGCGAGCAGCAGCGCCUGCGCUGUGCCCAGCAGCUGCUGCAGGGCUCAGCCCCACCGCAGGGCAUGGCACAGCCCCACGGGCACCACCAGGACCUGCAGCUCCAGAACUGGCAAGGUUUGGCCUGUCUGCACAUCAGCACCUUGAAGGGGAACAUCCCGAUGAUGUCUCUGCUGCUGGAGAGCGGCGCCAACAUCGAUGUUCGGGAGGGCACGAGCGGGAAGACCCCAUUGCACCUGGCCGUGGAGUGCCACAACCGCAGGGCUGUCCAGUUCCUGCUGCGCAACGGGGCCUACGUGGACGCCCAGAUGUACAACGGGUGCACCCCGCUCCACCUGGCUGUGGGCCGCAAGGAUGCUGCCAUCGCCGCCAUCCUCUCGCACUCCGGGGCUGACACUCUGCUGAGGAACAUGGAGAAUGAGACAGCCCAGGACUUGGCUGAUGGCAACGACGACCUCCUUGCCUUGCUGCCCUUUGAUGACCUGAAGAUCUCGGGGAAGCCCGUUGUGUGCUCCGAAUGAGCAGCUGGACUCCUUUGGCCCGUCGGGCUGCCUCCUUGCUCUGCGCUGUUGCCCUGCUGCCCGCUGGGACCCUGCCUGACUGCAGUUCAGUGGGAGCAGAGCCACUUUGGGAGACGUUAUUCAUCUCCCUUCCCCCAUUG